CCUCCCAGGCCCCGCGCCCCGCGCCCGGGCCGCCGGCGAUGGUGACACAUGCGGCGGCGGCGCGCCGGCGGCAGGACCAUGGUUGAGCGCGCCAGCAAGUUCGUGCUGGUGGUGGCGGGCUCGGCGUGCUUCAUGCUCAUCCUGUACCAGUACGCGGGCCCGGGGCUGAGCCUGGGCGCGCCCGGCGGCCGCGCGCCGCCCGACGACCUGGACCUCUUCCCCACGCCCGACCCGCACUACGAGAAGAAGUACUACUUCCCAGUGCGCGAGCUGGAGCGCUCGUUGCGCUUCGACAUGAAGGGCGACGACGUGAUAGUCUUCCUGCACAUCCAGAAGACAGGCGGCACCACCUUCGGCCGCCACCUCGUGCAGAAUGUGCGCCUCGAGGUGCCCUGCGACUGCCGACCCGGCCAGAAGAAGUGCACCUGCUACCGACCCAACCGCCGCGAGACCUGGCUCUUCUCUCGCUUCUCCACGGGCUGGAGCUGCGGGCUGCACGCCGACUGGACCGAACUCACCAACUGCGUUCCCGGAGUGUUGGACCGCCGCGACCCCGCCGCGCUGCGCACGCCCAGGAAGUUCUACUACAUCACCCUGCUACGAGACCCCGUGUCGCGCUACCUGAGUGAGUGGCGGCACGUGCAGCGUGGGGCCACGUGGAAGACAUCGCUGCACAUGUGUGAUGGGCGCACGCCCACGCCCGAGGAGCUGCCACCUUGCUACGAGGGCACGGACUGGUCGGGCUGCACGCUGCAGGAGUUCAUGGACUGCCCGUACAACCUGGCCAACAACCGCCAGGUGCGCAUGCUGGCGGACCUGAGCCUGGUGGGCUGCUACAACCUGUCCUUCAUCCCCGAGGGCAAGCGGGCCCAGCUGCUGCUGGAGAGCGCCAAGAAGAACCUGCGCGGCAUGGCCUUCUUCGGCCUGACCGAGUUCCAGCGCAAGACCCAGUACCUGUUCGAGCGGACGUUCAACCUCAAGUUCAUCCGGCCCUUCAUGCAGUACAACAGCACGCGGGCGGGCGGCGUGGAGGUGGACGAGGACACCAUCCGGCGCAUCGAAGAGCUCAACGACCUCGACAUGCAGCUCUAUGACUAUGCCAAGGACCUUUUCCAGCAGCGCUACCAGUACAAGCGGCAGCUGGAGCGCCGGGAGCAGCGCCUCAAAAGCCGCGAGGAGCGCCUGUUGCAUCGCGCCAAGGAGGCGCUGCCCCGGGAGGACGCGGAGGAGCCAGGCCGAGUGCCCACCGAGGACUACAUGAGCCACAUCAUCGAGAAGUGGUAGUGGUGGCGGCCGCUGGGGAGGCCUCGCAGGGGCAGGGAUGAAAUGGGACGCAGACUCACACACAGAAGGGCCCACCCAAAACUGUUGAGGGAAGCAUCCCAAACCCGUUUAUCAGAAGGCAGAUACAUCCUGGAGGAAAAUGGAGUGGGGAAAGGGUGGGCCAGGCAGGGCGGGUCUUGCUGUUUGCCACAGUCUGGAGGCCUGACAACGUGUGUAGCCCUGUAGGUCAGAAGAAGGUGUGCUAGGAUGCCCCAGGCAUGUUGGACAUGAUGGGGCUUCCGGGUAGGUGGCUCUCUGCUCUCCUCACCCCCACAUCACUGUCACAACAGCAGGAAGUUUGGAGAAGAGAGACAUCAGAGUGAGGAUGUGCCAGGAAUGAGUCCCACACCAACUAUGCACACACUUGUACUCUCUUGCCCUCUGUCCAGGCCAGUAAGGACGAGAGACCAACUCCAAGCAACCAACCUGAAGCUUUUUGGCCUCUGAGGGCCCUGAUACCCCCAGGUCCUAGAAGGGUAUCCCUGGGAACCCAGGCAGCUGUCUAAAGUGUCCUCAGGACCGGAACUCUAGGUUCAGCCAUCCAUAGCUGCUUGAUGGUCAGAAGCCACCCCAGCUGCGGCAGAGGAGACUGGUGGCCUCUAGGAAGCCCACUUCUCUCUCUGGCCCAUGGUCAAAAUUCAGUCCAACCUGGUCUCUAGGGGUGACCACCCAGGCUGACCAGGCUCAGACAGCAAGGGCAUGGGCAUUAAGAACUCUCCCGACCCCUGUUCUUUCUGACCCUCUGCCCCCAACCCCAUCACUGGGGCAAUUAGUCAAGGGCUCACAUCCCACUGCUCCUACAACCCUGAGUAUAAAAGUACAAUAAGCUUCCAUUGGCUGGAAGGCGAAACCACACUGCUGCCGUGAGCCGUACCCUGGGGCCAUAGUAGUUCUGGAUGGCCAGGAUGAACCAAAUUAGAUUCCGAUUUUCAACUAGGGUUGGAAGAAACAGCUCUGGUACCCAGAUACUCAGCCCUCCUGACCCUGGCUCUCUGCACUUCCCUGCUCCUCCCAAAGACUGGCCAGGCCCUGUUUCCAGCAGCCCCGCAGGCUAGCCAGUGGCCCUACUAGAAGCCAUGUUGUGAACACUUGACCCGUGCCCUGUCCCCCAUUCAUUCUAGGAGGCGUAGGAGAGUCCUCACCUGAGUGUCAGGCACUCUGGCUCUGCAGAGGGCAUGUGCAUGUGCCCAGAGGCUGCAGGCUGACCCCGGAGCAGAACAGGGACCUCUUUCCUGCCCCGGGUUUCUUUUGGCCACCCUUGCUGUCCCACCAUGGAAUGAAGGCAUCUGUUGCCACAGGCAGGGGGCAAGGGACUUUUUGGUGUCCAAAGGCAAGACAGGCUCUAGGUGGGCAUCAUCCAGCCCAGAGCCACCUCCCGUGUGAGUGGCCACACUGAGGAGGUGGGCACCAAGGUGAGUCAGCAGGGUGGCUGUUUUAAAGAGAGGCCAAGCCACGCGGAAGGAUCAGUUCUGAUGCUUGUCUGGGGUGGGCAUACUCCGAGGGAGAGGACGAGUUUGUUGGGGGAGCCCUGCAGUCUUUCACAGGCCACAGGAAGUGGGUACCCAAGUCUCAAGAUGGCCUCUCCUUGGUGUGCUUCCCGUGUGCGCGGGCCUGAGUGUAGGAUCUGAUUUGUACAUAUUGGAAUAUGUUUUCACUUACUCCCCGCUGUCCCAGCUCUCGUGGAAGCAUGGGUCUCUUCUCAAUAUCUGCUGCAUUGGGAAAAUAGCCCCCUCUCAGGCCACCACCAGGCUGAGGGACCCUCAGUUCCUCGGCCGUCCAACCCAGCACUUCCCACUCAGGCCACCUGCUUUGGGGGCAAAGUUUCCUUGUGCCCACAGCACCUAGAUGUCCCAGGACUCAGAGGACAGAAGCCAGCAGGCAGUGAGCUAACAACUUGGUCACAAGCACCCUACAGACCUGCAGAUGUCCCCUCCUGGAGGGGGCACCAGGGACAGCAGAACUGUCCAAUCAACAUGUCUGAACUUUUUGGGAACUGGAACUGUUUAACUUGAACCCAGGAGCGUUUAAAAGCUUUAUUUAUUUAUAGCUUCUUAUUAAAAAAAAAAAA